GAAAGCAUGAGACGUGAUGUUAGCACCAUGCACACAGUGACCACGAAGUCUAGUUACGUGGUCCCAGGUGCCUCGAUGGACCAGGGCUUCCUCCCUGAGUUGUGCUUCCUCUGUGCGUUCCCUUCUGAGCCUAACCUUGCGCUCUCCCCCUGCAGGUGCACCUUCCGCUUCCCCAGCACAGCCAUCAAGAUCCAGUUCACGGCGCUCUACCACCAGGAGGAGGCGCCCGCCUCGCCGCUGCGGCCACUCUACCCCCAGAUCUCCCCUCUGAGGAUCCACAUUCCGGAGCCGGACCUCCGGAGCCUGGUCAGCCCCAUCCCCUCCCCGACCGGCACCAUCAGUGUUCCCAACUCCUGCCCGGCCAGUCCACGCGGAGCCGGGUCCUCCGGCUACCGAUUCGUCCAGAACGUGACCUCAGACCUGCAGCUGGCCGCAGAGUUCGCGGCAAAGGCUGCCUCGGAGCAGCAGGCGGACGCGUCUGGAGGAGACAGCCCCAAGGAUGAGUCGAAGCCGCCCUACUCGUACGCCCAGCUGAUCGUGCAGGCCAUCUCCUCGGCGCAGGACAGGCAGCUAACACUAAGCGGGAUCUACGCCCACAUCACCAAGCAUUACCCCUACUACAGGACAGCCGACAAGGGCUGGCAGAAUUCUAUCCGACACAACCUCUCCUUGAACCGUUACUUUAUUAAAGUCCCUCGUUCCCAGGAGGAGCCUGGGAAGGGGUCCUUCUGGCGGAUAGACCCGGCCUCGGAGGCGAAGCUCGUGGAGCAGGCCUUCCGGAAGCGGAGGCAGCGGGGCGUCUCCUGCUUCCGCACCCCCUUUGGGCCGCUGUCGUCCAGGAGUGCACCAGCUUCACCCACCCACCCUGGGCUGCUGUCCCCUCGGUCCAGUGGCCUGCAGACUCCAGAGUGCCUGUCUCGGGAGGGCUCCCCCAUCCCGCAUGACCCUGACUUUGGGGCGAAGUUAGCCUCAGUUCCAGAGUACCGGUAUUCCCAGAGCGCACCCGGCUCCCCCGUCAGCGCCCAGCCCGUGGUCAUGGCCGUGCCUCCUCGACCUCCCAGCUUAGUGGCCAAGCCUGUGGCCUACAUGCCAGCAUCCAUCGUGACAGCACAGCAGCCCUCUGGCCACGCGAUCCACGUGGUGCAGCAGGCGCCCCCUGUCACCAUGCUCAGGGUGGUCACCUCCUCCGCCAGCUCCGCCAAUGGGUACAUCCUGACCACCAACCAGGCGCCGGCUGGGGGUGCCCAUGAAGCAGCGGGCACAGCCGUGUUGGACCUGGGCAGUGAGGCAAGAGGUCUGGAGGAGAAACCCACCAUUGCGUUUGCCACCCUCCCCCCCGCCAGCCGAGUCAUCCAGACUGUCGCCAGCCAGAUGGCCCCAGGGGUCCCUGGUCACACGGUCGCCAUCCUGCAGCCGGCCACGCCCGUAAGCAUUGGGCAGCACCACCUCCCGGUCCGGGCCGUCACGCAGAACGGGAAGCACGCUGUCCCCGCCAGCAGUCUGGCCAGCAGCGCCUACGCCCUCACGAGCCCCCUGCAGCUCCUUGCCGCCCAGGCCAGCUCAUCCACUCCAGUGGUGGUCACCCGGGUGUGCGAGGUGGCGCCCGAGGAGCCAGGAGCAGCCGCAGCAGCAGCCACCGCCUCGCCAGCCACCACCACCUCUGCCUCCCCCACUGGGGAGCCUGAAGCCAAAAGGUCCCGAUUGGAGGAGCCCAGUGGGACAGUGACCGUGCAGGCCGGGGUGAUCACAGCGGCCGGCCCACAGGGGCCUGGGACCGGGGAGUGACGUCAGCAUACAGAGGUGGAGUGGGACACAUGCCAAAAAGAAUUGGGGCUGGACCACGACGCCGACACUGCCACCACCUGGGACCGUGAUGAGAAAGCCCCAUGCCACCGAAGCUUGGUGCCACGGACAGGACGGCCCCCAUCGCUGCUCCUGCACUCGUCCCUGUCGCCCUCCUGCCCCUGCUGUGGUCGAAACAAACACAUAAACACGUUCAGACCGCUGAUUGUAUGUUCUGGGAAUUCUUUGUGUUCCUCUCCCUGAGCACCGGCUGUCCCCCCAGGCCUCUCAGGCGCGGGGAGGCGGAUGUGGCACCGCAUCCCAAGGACUGGAUCCCAGGCCCCAGCCAUGGGCAGGAGCCUUCACCCGGAGACUUGCACAGACAGGCCUUCGAAGGAAGGACGAGCUCGGGCUCCACUCCUGUCUGCAGUGGACCGGAAACUGCGAGAAAGGCGAGGAUGGUCCUAUUUCCGACUGUUCAUGACGUCUUCUCCCUAAAAUAGUGACCCAGGAAGCAUCAGAUUGGCAUUAAACGGGGGAAGGGGAGGGGUCGGUUGCUUUGGACCUCAAGUAGUUCUUGUUUGGUUGCAGCAUGGAGUUCAGGCUUAAUCACACAUCUGAGACACACAGGGACCGUCUGGUUUUGAGGUUUCCACGUGUAGGCAGCGUGGCUGCUGUGGGCAUGCUGUGUCCCUGGAGAGACACCCGCUGCCCUGUCUGCUAGGCGUCUCCAGUGUCCGCCCCCUGCAUCUCACAUCUGAGUCACAGAGGGCGAGCCCUGUCUCUGCAGGCCUGACACCCCAGGGCCAGCAGCCACCACGGCACGCCGGGCCCUGCCGUAGCCGCUCUCCACUUCCUCACCGAUUCAUCCUACACCCCCCGGGGCUCUGCUGCUCGACAUCGGAACUGUCCCUUCUGCCCGCACCACCAGGCUCUGGGGUCAGUCAGCCAGGGGCCGGCUGUUCCCCCGCGCCCAGCUCUUCCUGCCUCGGCUGGUCUUGCCUGUGGCCUGGUGAGUCGAAGGCAGCACACUCUGGGCAGGGUGCCGGCUUCCUCGAGGAGAGAGCUGUCGUGGGAAAGGAGCGUCUGGGUCACAGCCCAGAGGGUCAGACCAGUCCUCAGCUGCCCUGGGAGACCACGCCCGGGAAGCAUGAGUAGGUCUGUGAAGAGGCGUCGGUUCUGCUGCUGUGGACACAGCUGAGAGGAGGCUGCACAGAGCUCUGAGGUCCUCCCUUCCCAGCUCGUCACCUAGGCAGAGCUGCCGUGUCCCCGCUGCCACCCAGGGACAGGAGCUGGCUCAGAGGGUGAACUGUGGGACACAAUUCCAGGGUGGUGCGGGCAAGACUGGCCCACGUGCAGAGCAUGACCCGAGGCAGCAAGCCUGUCCGACCACAGCGUGGCAGUGACAGGUCCAUCUCUGCUGCAGUUGCCCCCCGCCCACUCGUGAGGACACAUCAGAGCAUCCUCCGCCCCCUCCUCCUGCCUGGACUGGGGAAAUGCUGGUUCUGUGUUCGUUAAGCCCCAAACCAGCUAUUUCUAUGGCACUAAACCUUAUGUGGGAAACACGCCUGUUGUCUUCGGGGCGAUUUUAGAGGAUCGGGAACUGGAUGGAAACAGCUGGCGUAUGUCCUCGGGGUUACCCACCGUGGAAGAAG